CAAACGUUUUAAAUGAGUUUUUCAUAAAAUUGAAAUACAUAUAACGAAACGCGGAAAUGGAUUAGAAACUCUUCGUUUAACAAUGAAACAAUUUAUUCUGAACGUCUCUCUAUCUAGUUGUCUUAAUAUUAUUUGAUAGUUUGCCAAACUGUUGAGGUUAAACUUGGACCCUUUUUAGUAAUUGUUAUUUUGGUCUUUGGCUUGUUAACUUAUUGAUAAUGCAGUUUAAAUUAUGGUCGGAUACCGUCACGAUGAUAAUCUCACUCCAAAUCAAAAGUUGAUUGCCGGUUGCAUCUCGGGCGUAGUCACUAGGUUCCUAACACAGCCUCUGGAUGUGUUGAAAGUGAGAACUCAGUUACAGGGUAAAAUCUCUCGCAAGAAAAGGCUGAGUGUAUUUGCGACUUUUAAAAAAAUACUCUACGAGGAAAGCAUUUUAGCGUUUUGGCACGGACAUAAUCUUGGACAGAUGCAUUCGGUUCUGUCCACGUCAAGCCAAUUCUACGUUUAUGAAGUAACAACGAAAUAUGUAUUCAGUUCCACAGUUAACUCUGAAUAUAAAACGCUCCUGGAAUUCAUGUGUGGUAUUUGCGCGGGUUGCUGUAGCGCGACCCUGGUAGCUCCAAUAGAGGUGAUACGUGUGAGGCAAAUGUUGAUUCAAGAACAGUACAGAGGAUUUAUAAAUGGAGCCAAGGCAGUGUAUAAUUCGGGAGGAGUACUGGCUUUCUAUGAGGGCUGGACUGCCGGGGUUCUCAUGCUUGGCCCUCAAGUUGGGAUAACAUUCUCCGUAUUUAGUUUCAUGCAACCACUAUUAUUGAACUACAUGUAUGAUUGCAACGGGGACUGCCUCCAUAAAAAGGGGAAUGCACAUACAGCCCAAGAUUUGUUACUAGCCACUACUAUUGCUGGUGGAAUGUCAGGAUUCGUGUCAAAAGUCAUGUGCUAUCCUCUAGAUUUAGCAAAACGAAGGUUACAAAUCGCGAGUCACAGAGAAAACGCCAAAUUCUACACCCCUACCACUUCGAGAGACUUAGUGAAAUGCACCAAGCUAGUGCAGUGCGUAAGGGACACCGUGAGGAGGGAAGGUUUCCUAGGUCUAUACCGCGGUCUGUCGGUAACCAUAUAUAAAGCUCAAAUAACCAACAUCCUUACGUUUACAACUUAUGAAUUUGUGUGUUAUCUUAUAAGGUAAAAUAUAAACCUUGCAGACUUUUUGAACACCGCUAACAACUAAGUUAUUUAGUAUAUAUAGUGUUUCUCCUCGAAAGUAAUUUGUACAUUAUCCCGUCGUCUUAAGAUAUUGUUUUGCUUUAUUAGUAAAAUUUAUAGAACACGUUGUAUUGAUAUGCUUUGUUGUUUCAAAAUAAAUCCAUUUGAAAUGAAUU